AAAGCAACAAUGAAGACUACCAUUUUGGCUCUCUCACUAUGCUACAUAGUUUCACUCUCAUCUGCAUUACUAGGAUCUGAAAAAAUCGGCAUAAACUACGGCCGGAUCGGAAACAACCUCCCGUCGCCCUACCGCUCCAUCGAGCUUCUCCAGUCGAUGAACGUCCGCCACGUGAAGCUCUAUGACUCGGACCCCGAAGUCUUAAAGCUUCUCUCGGAGACGGACAUCCACGUCUCGAUCAUGAUCCCCAACGACCAGAUCUCCCGGAUCGCCUCAAACCGAUCCGAGGCGGACCAGUGGGUCAACCAAAACAUCCUGACCCACUACCCAAGUACGAGAAUCCGUUUCGUACUUGUGGGGAACGAGGUCUUCAGCAACAACGACAAGCAAAUGUGGCUGGACCUCGUCCCCGCAAUGAGGUACAUCAGAAAAUCGCUAAGCGAGCUAAACAUCCACAACAUCAAAGUGGGGACCCCGGUGGCCAUGGACGUCCUCGAGACGAGUUUCCCGCCCUCGGCCGGGAAAUUCCGGUCCGACAUCCCGGCCCAAGUGAUGAGGUCACUAAUGAAAUUUUUAAACGGCACAAGAUCAUUUAUUUUCCUAGAUGUGUACCCAUUUUUCCCAUGGUCUAAAAAUCCCACAACAAUGAGCCUAGACUUCGCAUUGCUCAAGGAAGGCAACCUAACUUACACCGAUCCAAAUAGUGGAUUAAUCUACACGAAUGCUCUGGAUCAAAUGCUCGAUUCCGUCAACUUCGCGAUGGCGAAGCUUGGUUUCGAGGGCAUCCGGAUGGCCAUCUCCGAGACCGGGUGGCCACACGAAGGCGACAUCGACCAGCCCGGUGCCAACGCCUACAACUCGGCUACUUACCUCUGCAAUCUCGCGGCCAAGAUGUCGUACGAGCCACCUCUCGGGACCCCGGCUCGGCCAGGAGUUGAGAUUCCGACCUUCAUAUUCUCUCUCUACGACGAGAACCAGAAGCCCGGCCCCGGCACCGAGAGGCAUUGGGGGAUUCUCAGCAGCAGCGGCCGAUCCAUUCACCAGAUGGAUUUGGCCGGGUCGUGCCCGGCCGGAGAUAAGGGCGGGGCGGCGCGACAUUUGGCGAAGCCGGUGAAUAACCGGCCUUACAAAGGGAAGAUAUGGUGCGUUUUGGCCACCAAGACAAUGAGGGAAGUGGACUUGGCUCCGGCUGUGGAGUUCGCCUGCCUGCAAGGCAACGCCACUUGCAACGAGCUAGCCCCGGGUGGGGCAUGCUACACGCCUGUGUCAAUCGUGUCUCAUGCUAACUAUGCAUUCAGCUCUUAUUGGUCCAAGUUUAGAGGUGAUGGUGCGUCUUGUUACUUCGAUGGCCUUGCAGUUCAGACCAUUGUUGAUCCUAGUCAUGGGUCGUGCAAGUUCCCGAGUGUGACCGUGUGAUGAAGGAUUGGAAAGGCAUAUGCUUAGUUUGGUUAAUGAGUUUUCUUAUAAGGUCUUUUUAUUUUAUUUUAUAAUUGCUAUAGUCUUAAUAUUUAUGUUUGGUUGAUGACUAAAUCGAGAAGUAUACUAAAUUGUGCCGUAUCUUAGAUGCGGAGUUGGUGAAAUUUGUUAUGGAAUUAUAAUGAUUACUAUUGAUAUG